UUGGUAACAGUGGGACAAAAAAAACAGUCGUGUGUCAUUAUCUCAGCAUGGACCAUCUGGAGCAAGGAAUACUCUCAGCCACGAGACGUCUUGAGGCUGAAAUAGAUGCCCAGAUUGAUCGUCUGGAUGCCACACCAGAAGAAGAAUUGGCAUCAUUGCGCCAGAGGCGCUUGCGGGAAUUCAAGGAGCGUCAGGUGAAGUUGGAGGAAUGGCGAAAAUGUGGUCAUGGAACAUACACAGAGCUGGCGGAUGAGAAGGAGUUCUUCGCAGUGUCCAAGGCAUCUUCAUCGGUCAUCUGUCACUUCUUCAGAGAUGAUACAGAGUUGUGCCGGGUAUUUGACAUGCAUCUGGGUCGGCUAGCGCCAAAGCAUCUCGAAGCUAAGUUCUGCCGUCUCAAUGCUCAGCGAGCACCCUUCCUCAUGGAACGUUUACGCAUCCGUACAGUACCGACAGUGGCCUUAGUGAAGGACGGCAAAACCAGGGACUAUGUAGUGUCUCUCAGGGAUCUUGGAGGUCGAGAUGACUUUCCAACGGUUGUUCUGGAGCGUCGACUAGCUGUGGGGGGUGCUAUUGAGGCAGAUGAAAGUGAGGGAAUGGAUGCAAAGCCCAAGGCGAAGUCACUCAAGAUCAUCAGGGGUCGCAGCAAUUCCUCAGACUCAGACUAGAAGGAUGCGCCUGUGAAAGAAAAAGAGAGAGAGACAUUCCCAGAGGAGACUAACAUUUUGGCCACUCCCGGAAGGAUCUCAUUAACACAAUUAUUUCACUCAUAUCACUCCUAUUUUUUGUUUGUAUGCUUUUUAAUUUUUUUUUUAAUAAUAAAAUGACGCUUUUAUAAAUCUAUUAAGCACUGAAAUAAAAUGAAUUUAACUUAU